AAAUAUUAAAGACUGUUGGGUUGGUUGGGUGUGCCAUUUUGGUGUAUUUUACGCGUGUCUAAGUCAAGCGAAGUUUUUAAUUCCUGAAAUAUUUAAAUCUAUAGAUGAGCUGAUCAUAUCAAAAGUACAUGAGAUUCAUUAAAGUUGUCAAAGCCAGCGCUGGUCGCAACUUGGCUCCAAAUCCAAAAUACACAUAGAACAUUAAUAUAAGAAGCGGCGACAGUAAGCGGAGGGUGGCAGUUUAUAUAGAGGAGCAGGUACGACAUGGAGGCAAACGUCGUCACAACACAGCCGCCGACUCCAACCGCGCAGAGGAUUUUAACUGAUCCGAACUUAGUUUCGGACGGUGAAAUACCGACGCCGGAGCGAGCGCUUUUGCAAAAACUGGAGAUUGAAAAUAAAAGGAUAGCAGAGGACGCCAAAGCUCACUGUUUGCCGAAGCCCGACAAAAUGCACAGCAGAAAAGGUUCCGAUACAUCUGUCAUAUCUGUUACCUCAGCUACGAGCAAUGAUUCUGAGACGCGUCCGACACCGGUUGAAGAAGACUUGUGGUCCCUCUGGGGUAGGAUUGUGAUAAACUGGGACUCGGAAUGCCGACGAAGGAAACAUUUCAUAAGGGACCUCGUCCGACAGGGUGUACCCCAUCACUUUCGGGGCAUGGUCUGGCAACUGCUAGCGGGAGCCAAAGCUUCCGACAAGUUAUAUUCUUCUUAUAUAAAGGAGAAAUCAGCUUGCGAGAAAAUGAUUAGAAGAGAUAUUGCCAGAACAUAUCCUGAACAUGAAUUCUUCAAGAAGAAAGAUGGUCUCGGCCAAGAGUCAUUGUUUAAUGUGAUGAAAGCGUAUUCACUUCAUGACAGAGAAGUUGGAUAUUGUCAGGGCUCUGGUUUCAUUGUGGGCCUAUUACUUAUGCAAAUGCCUGAAGAGGAAGCUUUUGCGGUUCUUGUUACUAUAAUGCAACAGCAUAGGAUGAGGGACAUGUUCAAACCCAGUAUGGCGGAACUAGGUCUUUGCAUGUUCCAACUCGAGAACUUGGUUCAGGAGUUUUUACCCGAAUUGCAUUAUCAUUUUCAAUCACAGAGUUUCGCGACAUCAAUUUAUGCUAGUAGUUGGUUUCUGACAUUGUUUACGACGACUUUGUCUCUGCCACUAGCGUGUAGGAUAAUGGAUGUCUUUCUAUCUGAGGGCAUUGAAGUUGUGUUUAAAGUUGCUUUGGCAUUACUAACUUUGGGCAAAGAGGAAUUGCUAUCACUUGAUAUGGAAAAUAUAUUGAAAUAUCUGCAGAAAGAAUUGCCGGCAAAAGCGGACGCUAAUCAGGAUGAGUUUAUGAAACUUGUGUUCUCAAUAACUGUCAAUCAAAAGAAAAUGAAGAAAUUAGAAAAAGAAUACACAGUUAUUAAAACUAAGGAACAAAGUGAUAUCGCAGUGCUUAGAUGCCUUCGAGAAGAGAAUAGACUUUUGAAGCAACGUGUUGAGCUGCAGGAGAAAGAAUGUUCUGCCUUAGCGGAAAGACUGGUUAAGGGUCAAGUGGACCGUGCAGAAGGUGAGGAAGAGACCUAUGCACUUGAGAAGGAGGUACAAGCUUUGCGUCGAGCUAACAUGGACGCUCAGCAAAGACUAGCUGUGGCACAAGAUGAAAUACGUUCCUUAGAAAUGACUAUUGCCGAGAAAAAUUCAAGGCAAUCGUCAUUGGAAGGUGUUGAAAAGAAUAAUGCGAAAGAGGAUGAGUUAGCUCGUUGUCUUCAGCGGGAGCUUGUUAGAGCAAGACUGCAUGCGGCGGAAAGAGAAGCGGCAGAAAGAGAACUACUAGAAAGAAUCACAUUAUUAGAAAAUGAGAACAAGAGUUUAAGGAAGCAGCGAGUGGACAAUAAUGUCGCUCAUCUGCAGGAUGAGUUGAUUGCAGUGAAAUUGAGAGAGGCGGAAGCGAAUCUCUCACUCAAAGAACUGGGUCAGCGCGUUACUGAACUUUCUGACGCAUGGAAAAGACAUCUACAAGAGCAUCAGCAAGUUAUACCUCCUCCGUCUCCUGUACAUUCCAAAGUGGUGUUGGACAUUAUGGCAACACCGAAGCGUUUAUUACGUGCAUGGGAGGGCAGAUCCGCGGAGACACAGAAACUGGAGGAAGAACUGAUGUCCACUAAGAUACGAGAAGUGGAAGCUCUUACAGAACUAAAAGAACUAAGACUUAAGGUGAUGGAAUUAGAGGCUCAAGUGCAAGUAUCUACGAAUCAAUUGAAACGCCAAGAUGAAGAGACACGCCUCCUACGAGACAGUCUUGACGCGGCUUUGCAGCGAGAACGCGCACUUCAAGUACGACAGAAGGAAUUCCAACAUAAAUACUCUGAUUUGGAGAGCAAGGCUAAGUACGAUUCAAUGCAAGCAAACAUCAGGAACAUGGAGGACGCUCAAAGAAUAGCUGAACUUGAAACAGAAGUGUCAGAAUAUAAAAUGAAGAAUGUAAUGAUGGCGACCGAAGGUGAAUUGAGAAUCAACGCUGAUGAUUCAGAACGUGUUCGCGAAAUGCAAGAACAAAUCGCUGAAUUAAGAGCUGAGAUUAUGAGGUUAGAGGCGUGGAAGGCGCGCGCUUUGGGCCGGACGCAGAUAAGCCGUGCUGUCUCUCUCGAGGACGACCUCGAAGAGGAUGACAAGUUGAAGCUUAUCCUGCGCCGUGAGUCCACCGCCUCCUUAGACCUGAUGCGUAAAACUACAUAGCACCAACCAAACUACGUCAUACGUACUCGAAUAUAUACUAUGGGUCUGCGUUUAACGCUCAUUAACAAUUG